AGCUGUCAUUACCCAGACUCACGACGGUUUUGUGUGAAAAAACUAACCUUUGUUCAAAACUUUAUUGAAAUAGUGUAGAGAUAUAUUUUGUGGGCAUGUCUCUGUGGACAGAAGAAGAGAAACGUUCUCUUUUAUUUGCUCUCCAUCAAUAUGGUCCUAGUAACCUAACUGGCUUAAAAAAUUCGCUACCUAAUAAAACUGAAACAGAAAUCCAACUGUUAUGCAAGGAGCAUUCAAAGUUAGCAUUAAAAAAGCAAACAGAUAAAAGAAAAGAAGCUCAUAUAAGGCGAUGGCUACAAGUUCUAAAAGUGCUUAAAAGUGCACAAGAAGGCCAAAUAAAUGAUGUAAUAUCCAGGGUAUUGAAAUAUAUUGCUUUAUUCGAAAAGAGAGUAGAUUCCAAAAAUGUAGACGUUUCGUCGUGUUAUUUAGCUUUGCAUUAUAUGUUAAGUGGUCUUGUCCCAGAAGAAUUAAGUAAAACAACAGACUAUUUUGUGUUCGAGUGUUUACAAAAACUAGCAAACUGCUUAAAAUAUGGAAAAAUGAGAUCUUUUAAAACAUAUUUAACCACAUUGCGCAAUACUAGAGAUCUACAUAAGUAUAGGAACAAGUCCAAGUCUAAAAUUGAGAGUUCAUUGUCUUUAAAUCCUUUAGGAAUACCAGAUAAUCUUUUGUACAAUACAGCCACUAAAACAUAUUUGUAAUAAUAAAAUAUUUAUGAUAACACAUAUUAUAAUUUGUCAUAAAUGAUAAUAAAAAGAACUUUUUGACACUCCUAGAUUCAACUGUUUUGUUUUAUAAUAAGAAACAAAUUCCAAUUAGUAC